AUGUAUGACAAUUUGUUUUCUCAUAUACAAGAAGGAUAUUGUCGGUGUCUGUCAAAUGAUUCUACUUGUUGGCCGAGUGCCUCAAUAUGGCAAACUUUUAAUCAAUCAAUUGAUGGACAACUCAUUUCUUCUCAACCAUCAGCCGCAGUUUGUAAUUCUAAUCCAUCUAAUAUCAAUGCAUGUAAUAUAGCAAGAAAUAAAUGGACAAAUUCGUCUUGGAGAAGUGAUCACGCAGGUGCAAUGCAAGCUGCUAAUUGGGAAAAUAGUUCAUGUUCUAUUUAUUACAAUAGUAUGACAUGUAAUCAAGGCUCUGUACCUAUAUUAGCAGUCAAUGCAACGUUACCUCAACAUGUUCAAAAAACAUUACGAUUAGUGAACACUUAUAAUCUACGUCUUGUCAUAAAAACUACAGGACAUGAUUAUUUAGGUCGAUCAACUGCAAAAGGAGCAUUACUUCUUUGGUUACAUUAUAUGAAACACUUCACUCUACUAGAAAACUACUCGUUAUGUACUGGUAAAAAUAUCUUGAAUGCUAUUCGUGUUGGUGCAGGUGUACAAUGGGGUGAAGUUUAUGCAUGGUUAGCUUUAUAUAAUUUAACUGCCAUUGGUGGAGCAGCAAGUACUGUUAGCGUUAGUGGUGGUUAUCUACAAGGAGGUGGGCAUAGUCCAUUAUCAAGAUGGAAAGGAUUAGCUGCUGAUCAAGUUCUUGAAUUUGAUGUGAUUAUGGCAAAUGGACGUCGCAAAACCGUAAAUAGUUGUCAAAAUGUCGAUUUAUUUUGGGCAUUACGAGGUGGAGGAGGUGGAACUUUUGCAGUUGUACUAUCGGUUGUACUACGUACUUAUUCAUCACCAUCUAUUAUCAGCAGUCUUCAAGUUAUCUAUCCAUCAAAUGAGACUCGUUAUGCUAGUUUUAUUCACGAUUUUGUUGAGUUCUUGCCAACAUUAGCAGAUGCUGGAUGGGCUGGUUAUUUCUAUAUAAGAGAUAAAACAUUUAUCAUUGGGCUUCUAUUACCCAAUGGAGACAGUGAAAUGGCAUAUACAACAAUAGAUCAAUUAUACAAUAAAUAUACUGAUUUCAAUUUCGCACGCUCUUCUUUUAUACAAUUUUCUAGUUUUAAUGAUUUUUUUGUCACAAUUGUGGAACCACAGAAUCCGACAGGCAAGAAUCAGAUACUUGGAUCUCGUCUUAUUCCUGAAGCAAUUGUACGUAAUAAGCCGCAACAAGUUGCUGAUGUGUUUUUUCAACUCAAAGGUGGACAUAUGUCGCUUCUUAUGGGAAAUUUUGUUGCUGGUGGGAAAGUGUCCAGUAAAACACAAAAUAAUAGUGUUAACCCUGCAUGGCGCACUGCUCUUCUCCAUAUGAUCUAUAAUGAGAGAUGGGUUGAUGGAACAUCUGUUGAAGAGCAAGAAAUAAUUGCUAAGACUGUCACAAGAAGCGUAAACAUUCUACAAACAAUCGCAGGAGGUUCACAAUCUGGUGUAUAUAUGAAUGAAGGUGAUCCAAAUGAAAAAUAUUGGCAGCAAAAGUUUUUUGGUACGAUAAAAAACUAUAAUCAAUUAAAAUCAAUUAAAAACAGAGUAGAUCCAAAUGGAAUAUUUGUUUGUAAUAAAUGUGUAGGUAGUGAUGAUUGGUCGGAUGAUUUGAAUUGCCGAAUAUAUUAA